AUGGCAAGGCGCACCAUGGCCACCAGCCCGCUCUGCGUCCCCCCGCCCCAGGGGCUGCUCCGGCCCCUGGCUGUGCCAGAGAGGCUGCUACUUGGGCCAGGGCCCAGCAACGUGCCCCCCCGCAUCCUGGCUGCAGGCAGCCAGCAGCUCCUGGGCCACAUGCACCCUGAGGUGCUGCAGGUGAUGGACGAGAUCAAGGCGGGCAUCCAGUACGCCUUCCAGACGCAGAACCGGCUGACCCUGGCCAUCAGCGGCACCGGCCACUGUGCCAUGGAAGCUGCCCUCCUCAACCUCCUGGAGCAUGGUGACACCGCGCUGGUGGCCGUCAAUGGCAUCUGGGGACAACGUGCUGCUGACAUCACCAGGAGGUUGGGAGCCAAUGUCCAUGAGCUGCUGAAGCCCCCAGGCGAGUACUUCACUCUGUGGGACAUCGAGGAGGGCCUGGCAUGGUACAAGCCCUCAGUGUUCUUCAUCACCCACGGGGAGUCCUCCACAGGGGUGCUACAGCCACUGGAGGGGCUGGGCGAGUUGUGUCACCGGCAUGGCUGCCUGCUGCUCGUGGACGCGGUGGCAUCCCUUGGGGGAGCCCCCAUCUUCAUGGACCAGCAGGAGAUCGACGUCCUAUACUCGGGGUCUCAGAAAGUCCUCAACACCCCUCCCGGCAGUGCCCCCAUCUCGUUCAGCGAGGGAGCCAGGGAGAAGAUGCUGAGGAGGAAGACGAAGCCCCUGUCCUUCUAUCUGGACAUGGGCUGGCUGGGAAACUACUGGGGCUGUGAUGGGGAGCCGCGAAGGUACCACCACACAGCACCAAUCAACAGCUUCUUCAGCCUGCGGGAAGGCUUGGCCAUGCUGGCGGAGCUGGGUCUGGAGAGCUCUUGGGAGCGCCACCGGGCUAACUGUGCCAAGCUGUGCCAGGGGCUGCGUGACCUGGGGCUUGAGCUCUUUGUGAAGGAGGAGAAGGUGAGACUUCCCACCGUCACCACCGUCAGGGUGCCUGAGGGAUACAACUGGAAGGACAUUGUAGCCUUUCUCAUGGACAACCACGCCAUUGAGAUCGCUGGGGGCCUGGGUCCCUCGGUGGGCCAGGUCCUGCGAAUCGGCCUCAUGGGCUGCAACUCGACCAGCAGCAAUGUGGACCGUGUGCUGAGUGCCCUGCGAGACGCCCUCCGGUGCUGCCAACGCAGCAGGCUCUGA